GUGGCAGUGGUACAAGCCGUGCCGCCGGCCCGGCAGGAUCUGUGCUGGCAGCGUGGGCUGUGUGUCCCACGGUGGACGUGUGGGACCACGUUGCAGGCAGCUGGGAUGCUCUCCCGGGCAGGAGUUGAGCUCUGUGGCUAGGUAGGUGCUGUUCCUCCAUCUGGGGACAACCCCUCUUCCCAGGAGCGUGGCUCUGUUUUGUGCUGGUACCUUGUCCACCAGCUCUGCACCGGCCCCCGUGCUCCAGCACAACUGGCUGUGUGUGCCUGCCGCUCCAGACAUCAUCCCUGCGCUUGCCUUCUCGCCGUCCUGUGCCAGUGCCUUGCUCUGUCCCUCUAUCACCUGCGCCCAUGUCGGCUCUGAUGCCCCAGGACCUCGAGGCCCCCCUCGAGGUGGGGUUUUGUGCCCCGGGGAGAUGCGCAGGGCAGAGCCCGGCGGGGCAGGUGGGUCCCCGGGGCCAGGCAGGAGCCCCGGGAGGAGGAGCAGCUGUCGGAGGAGAGCCGGCUGCGUCUGAUGUCACUGCGGUGCAUGGUGGGUAAUUAUGCACGUUGCAAUGAAAAUAAUAAGGCCGGCUCCAUAGUGGUGUCUAAAAAUACUGCUAAUGCGGAGUGCCUGCUGGGCGCCUUUGUUUGUCACCUUUGGGUGUCUGCUCUGGGGCUGGCUGGGUGGAGCAGUGGGUUAGGUUUAGCAGAUGAAAUGUGGCCCCUCCAUCCCCCCCCCACAAUGGGACAUGGUGACACGGUUCCAGUGGAGACAGGGCAGGUGUUGGCAUGGGAGGUGAGGCAGGAGGCACCUGUGUGUGUUUGGGAGGUUCCAGUGCUACCUCCGUGCACAGAGCCAUGCAAGGAGUCUCGGUGGGAUAGCAAGGCUUUGUUCCCCUAGCCUAGCUUGGAGCUAGGCAUUCUCCAAGUGGUGGAGAGAAAUCUGUCCUGAUAUCCCCUGGCAAGUUCCAGCUGGUUCGAGUACAGAUCAGGAUUUGGGCCCUGGUGGUGUGGUCUGUCCAUUACUGGCAUUGUGUGGCCAGGGCAGAGCUCACUGGAGCUGGGGCUGCCACCAUGGUGUGUCCUGGUACUGACGGGACUCAGACUGUGGCAACUUGCUGCGCUCUGGCUGUGCAAAGCUGGGAGGGAGGAAGGGAUAUGCCCCUGGAACAGAGGGAAAUCAUGUGAUAGGUGCUGGGGGGCACCUGGGUGCUGGCCAAGGGCUGCCCAGCACUCUGAUGUCCACUCCGUGGGUUCUGCCUAGAUGCUCUCGGUGCAGCUCUGGCUGCUGCUGUAGUCCCUCCAUCUGCUGCCAGGCACUGGAAGCUCCUGCUGCCGUGGAGGGAGAGGCUUGCAGGGGUGGCAAGAGCCAUCUGGCUGGCAGGCUGGCAGGGGGAAGGUGUUGUGUGGCAGGGCAGCAGCAGAGGGCUGGGGAGGGCGGGAAACACUGAGCCCGUGUGCCUGGGUCUCAAUGACGAGUCUCUUCCGCAUUGUGUGCAGGGAGGUCAGAGAGGUGGCGGCUGCUCUUGGUUCCCAGCUGGUGCUUGUGGUGGGCUCUAACUCCAGCUGUCAGCUGUGGGAGCUGAGCCUUGUCCCUCUUCACUGUGGAGCAAACAGGGAGAUGUCACCCUGCUGGCUUGCUGGGCUGCUUUGCCUUUAGGGUCAUGGCUGCGUUCUUGGGGCCCUUCACUGGAGAGGGAGUGUCGCUGCUGCCUCUGUUCUUGCCAGGUGCACACUCUGACCUCUGAAGCCACGCAUAGCAGUGGUGUUCCCCUGAGCAGUGAAACACACUGUCCCUACCUGCUGGGCUGUGUGGCUCCCUUUGGUGAGUGAGGAACAAGGAAUGGGGUAGGAGACUUUGCAAAUCCCAUUGAUCCACACCAUGGAAGCUGUGUGUUUACAUCUGCCUGUCCAGGACCAGGGCCCUGUGAGGGGAAUUGAUCAAGCUGUAAAACCUAGAGCCAGCUAAUGAAAUAGGGACUAUAGAUUUUUAUUUUAAAUGGAAGAGAGUUUAGGAGAGAUUUAAUUAUCCUUGGUUUAUGGACCUGUUAGAGGAAUGAAAUAACAGCUGGCAGGUAAGGGCUGGGUUUUAGCUCACAGCACUUUUCUCCCAGGUUGUCUGCAGAACUGCUCAAGUCCUGCCACCCAGGGUAGAGUGGGGAAUGAUGUAAAGUCACUUGGAGCAGAGUUAGACGGGGUGAAGUCCUGCUUAUCCUGCUGGGUGUCCCUGCUUCCUGCUGGGCGUACGUGUUCUGAAGUAGCAGAGGGGCUGGCCCUGGGCAAUUGGGGCUGGUGUAAGAACAGCCGUCCUUGGUCCCUGGGGCUUGGUGUGGGCUGGUCCUUGUGCUAGUGGACAGCAGAGAGUUCAGGAGCCCUGUACUCACUGGGCUGUCUCCCUCUAGGUGUCAUUUUCCUGGGGCUGUGGGCACUGAGCUGUCACUGACGCUCAUGUACCUGCGCAGUGUGUGGAGUUUGUAAAGGAGAGCUGCAGAGCGCUGGGAUUUGCUGGGCUCAGCUGCGUGUUGGACACAAGCUGUAACGCUGUCACUACAGCCACUCCUCCUGUGUGCAUCCACUCCACUGUCACGUGAGGCCGGCCGCGGGGCACGGCUCGGGAGGUGGUGGUGGCAGGCGGCACGGCGCUGGUUUUCAGCAGAAAAGCCUGGCUUCUGGAUGCUUUUGGGGUUUUCACCUCUUUAUUGAGGAGCUGGGGCACAACAUUUUCCCAUGAUCCCUUGUCUCCCUGCUUGGAUCAGUCUGGAGAAACAUGGUUUAUCACCUGCUGUGUGUGGGUAAUUAGUUGGCCAAGGGGUUUGUGUACCCACCUUGCAGGCACAGCCUGUAGGGUGCCAGUCUGAUGUGUCCAGAGGCUGCUAAAACAUCCAAGGAAGCUGCUGGUGUUGGGGAGCUCUCCCAGAGCCCUCUGACAUUGAUGCAGGAACUUGGGAGAGGCAAGCCUUGAGCCCCGCGGUCAUGGAGCUCCAUGAGGAUGUUGUGUGGCUGCCUGAGACAGGUCAGUUCCAGAGGGGAGCGGUGUGGAUCUGUGCUGUCGGCUCACAAGGGUGUUGGGAGAAGCCAGCCUUGGCUGGCUGCUGACUGAGAGCCUGCUGACUCUGUGGGCAGCAGAGCUGCACCAUGGUGCUUAUCCUUUCCUCCACCCUUGCACCUGCAAAUCCUCAGUGUUUCAGGGCAGGAGCUGUUUCCUGGAGGGCACAAGCAGACCAUGGGUCCCAUGUCCAGUGUGGCAUAUAUGGGUUUUCUGGAGUGGGGUGGUUUGGGAGGGCUCCACACUUUGCUCUGUGCAUGGCAGAGGAUGAGGUUGAGCAGUGUCCCCAACAAGCAGUGCUCGUUGCAGGCCUUGGGAAUAUUAUUUUCCAGCUGCAGUCUGGUCCCUGGAGACCUGCUCUCACUGGCUUCAGAACUGUAGUUCUGGGUCUUCCUUGGCUACCCUGGAAAGCAGGAUGAGGGUUUUUAGUUCAACCGUGCAGAGCAGAGGACUGGCCUGCAAUGUGUUAGGAGCUGCUUUCUCUCAGCCUGUGAGAGCCUGUGUCUUGGUGAUCCAGGCCUCUGGCAUCCCUCGCUGUUGCCCCUGGGAAGGGAGGGCCCAUGUUCUGGUCCUUCUUCCCCCAGGCCUGGCAGUGCUGAGGCACGGUCCCCUCUGGCAGGUUGUCUUUUCCCUGCCGUGCUGGUGGAGCUCCCUAGCUGCGUUUGCAUUUUGAGUGUCUUAGUUGGUUUUCUCUCCAUGCCUGUGCUUUGGGAAACUGGUGAACAAUAAAAAUCUGCCGUUGAGAGCUGUAGCAGAGGUCAGGCAGCUCCUGUGCCCCAGGCUGCUCUCUUGUCACCACAGUUGCGCUUUGUGCGCGGGGGCUGUCAGCUUGAAAGUCAUGUUUUUGCUCUUAAAACCAACCUCAGGCACUGGUGUGGGGUUCUCUGAGUGAUGUACAGGGACAUAUUGCAGCAAAUCUCCUUUGCACUUAGGGUAGUGGUCACUUCCUGUUUUGGUGCAUCUUGUAUGCAGCCUCUUGGCAAAUUUUUAAUCAAGGACAAAGGAGGGUAAAUGGUUGCUGAAAAUCAUGAGUUUCUUUGAGCUCCUCUCUGAAAAUGAUCGUUGCAGGUUGUUGGUGUCCCUGCAGGCUUCUUAAAAUGCAAAACAAACCACCCAGCCCAACUUCCUGACUGUCACUAGCGCUUUCAAGAGACGCUUCGUUUUGCUGAGUGGUAACGAAACUGCUCUUUGACAUCCACCAGCUCCUGGCUCUGCCUGUAUCCCUUUGCAGGAGCUGCUCUGACUGAGCGCAGUGGAGAGCAGUGGGGAAGGUGUCUAGAGCCUGGCCCCUCCUGCCCUCGGCCACUCACUUGGCACAUGCCAUUAACACUGUCUACAGCAUGUAGACAGCAGGCUGGACUCAGAGAGAUGCUUGUGGAGAGGUGACAGAUGAGCUAGGGACUUCAGGGAUGCUGUGUGGAGAAGGGAAAGAUGAGUGAUCCCUCCUCCCUGUGCUGGCUCUGUCCCAGGAGAGACUGGGUCUGGUUUAGGAAAGGGCUUUCUGAAAUGUGAACUAAAAGUGAAGGGCAGAGGAGUAUAGAAUCCUGAAGAGCAGUGUCUCAUAGUAGGAAGGAAAGGAAGGACCAGGGAGGCUAGCCAGGCAGCAGGUUGGGGAUGGACAUAGUGGCAUUUGCUCUUUUCCUCCCACCUAUGUGUAACUGAGCUGUUGAAAGUGGCUGCUGCAAGAUGCCUGGGCAGACAGAGGUGUGUGUAGUUCAGCAUGCUUCUGUUCAGGGGAGAAGAGGCCACCCAGGAGAGAGGAGGACACAGCCCAUUCCUUGAUGCUGCUGAACUACAGAGGUGGCCAAGCUGGAUCCAGUUGCUGCACCUGCAGCCUUCUGGUCAUGCUAUUCAGGUCGUGCUGGUGUUUCUAGGGCAAAUAAAGGAAGGUGGAGAUCUCUGCAGAUUAUUUACCCUGUCCUAAGGAAAGGAUGGCUUGUUGCAAGCUUACUGUUUAUCUGUGUUCACUUGGCUUUGAACUUGCCGGAUGGUGUCACUUGGGGUAGGUGUCAGGUGUGGAUGCUGCCUCUGAGGUCUUGGCUUGCUACAGGCUCUGGCUCUUGGGGAAGAAGGUGCUGCUAGUUCUCCCUCUGCAGUGCAGCUCAGCCAUGCUAUUAGACAUCAGAGAAUCCACGUGGGAGAGAUCGACAGGAAACUGGGCGUUAUCAGUUCCGCUGCCUGUGCAGCUACUCGCUCCUCAUGUCAGCAUCCUCCACGUGUGUAUGGCUGGAGGCGUUUGAUGGGAGUGCUGUCAGCCCGGGGGUGGGAGUGGGUGGCGUGUGAUCACGGCGGAGGCGUCCUGCCUCCACUGCCAGUGAACUCAGUUCCACCGGGUGUGUGGAGCAGGGAGGGAGCUCCUUGCUCCCCCAUCUCCACUGUGAAGAAGCACUUCACCCUGCUGAUGCUGGGGUGUCCCAUGUCCUCUGGUGUUCGUGUUGGGCCUUGGAUAGGGUAGGGACACUCCUGCUGCUCCUCCUUCCCUGCAGUCUGAGAGCUUCUGUGUUUUUGGUGCCAGUUUCUUCACGCUUUUUUCCUAGGCUCUGGGGAGAAAAGAGUAGGAUCUUGGGCCUCUUUCUCUCCCUGGACUUGUGUGAGAGGCCCAGGAGAAUGUGGAGGUGAAGCAUUGGCACGCUGAGUGUUGAGGAGAGCACAGGGCAGACCAAGCCUUCAGUGGGAGAUGUGCUCUCACCACUGGAUCACCCUGGCUAAUCCUGUAUCAGACCUGACCUAUAUAUGGGGCAAGGGAGGUGGCAUGUCUGUGGCAGCAGAUGGUCUCUUAAAGAGCCUGGGCUCAGGGAGACUUCGUCCUGCUGGCCCCUGGCUAUCCUUAAGGAAAAGAUGGGCCACCUGUCGGCUGUAGAGCAUCCAGGUUCAGCCUGAGCAGCCCCUGCACGUAGAGAGCUAUCUAAAGCUUACGGGCUGUCCCAGGCGUGUCACAAGUUUCUGUGGCUGGACUGGGAUCCCUUGUCCUGGCCCAGAAGCAUUGACCAGCCUUACCAGCCUUGCUGUAGCAUCUUUUGGGCCCCUCACAUGGCUUUUCAGGCAGAGCUCUGUACUUGGAGCAGUGUGAUGUUGGAGUCUGUGUGCAUGGCUGUGUCCCUGAGACAGUGUGGGCAGAGCUGUUUCCACACACACACAUCUAAUCCUGCGGCUGGAUGUGUGGUGCCCCGUCCUCACUGGGCACAGCCAUGUGCAGUGUGGCUGAUCCAGCCUGGCUGGGCAGGGAGCGUGAGCAGCGUGUGAGCUGCGUUCCAUCGAUGGCUUCUCCUGAUGCCGUCCUGAGGACAUCAAUAGCUGCUGCCUACGGGGAAGCUGGUGAUGCUGGAGCGGGUCUGGAGGGAGUGUCUGCACAGAUAUCCACCAUCUGUGGCCUCUGCCUGCUGCCGGUGCUCUGCCCAGGAUCAGACCGUGUCCUGGCAAUCCUGUGAAGGCGCAGUGCUACCUCUGCCUACAAACAAUGGCAAGGUCAAAGGACAGAGUGCUGUUUUCCUUCGCUUCCCUGUAGUCCCCAGCUCCUGAAGCAAAGAGGUUGUAGUGGAACAGACCUGGAGGGUGGUUGUUCAGGUUUGGGCUGAUUCAAUGCUUUGGCUCUUCCUGCUGGAGUUCUUGCUUGAGUGCGUGGCUCUGACACCAUCAUAGGUCUGCCUUGCUGUGCUGCCUUCCUGUCCUGUCUGUCCCCUACCAUGGGGACAGAAGCAGUUGGCCGUGGUGCUACAGAGGUAGAGGGAUCUUGCCCCAGAAUGCUGUAUGUCCCGGAGGAUCCUUGAGCCUGGUGUAGUUCCUCCUGCACGCCUGGAUUCGGGGUGAAGAGGUGAGAGCCUUGAGAGGGCCCUGAAGGGACCUGGGCACAGGGCUGAAAUCUGGCAAAGCUGAAUCCGACUGCUCAUCGCAACAGUGAGCUACUGAAUUGUUAAAUCGUCAGUCUGAGGUUUUCUUUGAAAGGGGUGAUGCUACAAAUUAAUUAGCUCCCUUUUGGUUGUUAGCACUUUAAAGCCCAGCUGUCAGGGGAGGGCUGGUUUAUAGGCAUUACAUCAGGGCUGCCGGCUGGCUCGCUCGCCUACCUGGGAAUUUCUAAGUGUGCGUUGUAACCGGGGGAAAUUUGGCUCUGAUGCAGCAUCUGGCGCUCAGUGAAGCUGCUGCGAUGUGCUGUUCUGAGCACGGGGAUUUGACUGGUGCCUGAGCGGUGCUGCUGGGGCACACGGGGAGCCCGUGGCUCGGCCUCUUGGUGUGCAACUCCCGGGGAGCCGGUGGCUCUGCCUCUCGGCAUCCAGCUCUCAGCGUUAGCCACCAGCCGGGUGACUCGUUAGCCACCAGCCGGGUGACUCGCUCAGGUGAGCUGCAGGUGUGCAGGAGAUGGGCCGAGGAGUUCCUGCUUCUUGCUUAAUUAAUGUGAGAGAAUAGGAGGCUUUUCUGAAGCAAAAGGGGCUUUUCUGGUGCGUAAAAGUUUGAACUGGCUACAGAUGCCCUGGGAGAGCUGUCGGUGCGGGCAAAGGGUUCGAUGUCCUAAGCGGGAGGGGAGUAGCUCCUCCGUGCUCCCGUCGGAGCGCGGAAGGUGGUGGGGAGCUGAGCCCCUGCUUCCCCGCCCGCGGGUUUUUCUGUCCACCAGCACAGAAGCACGGCGACUUCCGGGCACACGGGACUGCCGUCCCCGCGGCCCAGCGGGCCCACGGAGCUGCCAGCCCGGCGAGCAGGGGCCCGGGAGUGAUGCGGGGACACAGCCGCAGAAUUCAAGGUGCUGGUGUCUUGCCCUGCCUGGAGCCUGAGGUCCCGUGUGCCCAUCCGCCUCCCGACGUCACCAAUGCGACCAUGGGAACUGGCAGUGAAUAGGCGGCCGCCCUCUGCCCCUUUUGCCCAGCGCCGUUUCUCGGGGGGACCCUGCAGCAGCCCCGACCACCUCCGGCGAAGCCCCUCUGCCAGGCGUCAGUGGGGACGACGCGAUCGACCUCUGGCAACCCUGCUGGGCCAGGAUGAGCCCCAGGUGCACCCUGCCUUCCCCCAGCAGCCGCACAUCCCUGUAGAUGAGCCCCGCGCCUACGCUCUUCCCAGCACGCCGCCACGAAUGCUUCACCCAGCCUCUCACCCACCCCACCAGAACCCAUUCAUGGUGGAUCUGCAUGACCAGGUGCACCAGGGACCUGUCCCUCUCUCCUACACGGUUACCACCGUAACGACGCAAGGCUUCCCCAUCCACGCUGGCCAGCACAUCCCUGGGUGCAGCACCCAGCAGCUCCCAGCAUGCUCAGUGAUGUUCAGCGGACAGCACUACCCGCUCUGCUGCCUCCCACCCCCGCUGAUUCAGGCAUGUGCCAUGCAACAACUUCCCGUCUCCUACCAGACAUUCCCCCCCAUCAUCUCCAGCGACCAUUACAUCCUGCACCCACCCCCGCCGCCGGUGCCCCCCCACCAGCCGCCCCACAUGGCCCCCCUGGGGCAGUUUGUACCUCUCCAAGCCCAGCAUCCACGUAUGCCUCUGCAGAGGAUAGACAAUGACGUGGACCUGCGAGGGGAGCAGCACCCCAUCGCAGGCUUCACAUACCCUCCGUCUCACCACGCUCCCACGCUGUCGCCCUCCAUGCCGCUGCAUUACCUCCCCCACGAUCCGCUGCACCAAGAACUGCCAUUUGGCGUGCCAUACCCCCAUAUGAUGCCCCGGCGGCUGAACACCCAGCGGUACCGGCUGCAACAGGCGCUGCCCCCACCGCCACCCCCUCCACCGCCUCCUCCCUACUAUCCGAGCUUCCUGCCCUAUUUCCUUUCUAUGCUUCCUGUGUCGCCAACAGCCGUGGGGCCCACGAUCAGCUUAGACCUGGACGUGGAUGAUGUGGAGAUGGAGAAUUAUGAGGCACUGCUGAACUUGGCCGAGCGGCUGGGGGAGGCCAAGCCACGGGGACUCACCAAAGCAGACAUCGAGCACCUCCCGUCCUACCGCUUCAACCCUGAGAGCCACCAGUCUGAGCAAACCCUGUGCGUUGUGUGCUUCAGCGACUUUGAGGCCCGGCAGCUUCUCCGCGUCCUGCCCUGCAACCACGAGUUCCACGCCAAGUGUGUCGACAAAUGGUUAAAGGCAAACCGCACGUGCCCGAUCUGCCGGGCAGACGCGUCGGAGGUGCAGCGGGAGGCGGACUGAGGCUGGCGGGCGCUGUGCCGCACAAUUCGCUAGAGGACAAGGACGCCGGGCUGGGGCGGGGGCUGCUGCCCGCUGCUAGGGCCUGACCCUGCGCUUACCCCCCCUCCCCAAAGCCUCUCCUCGGAUGUGGUGAGCAUUGAGCAGUCUGGGCUCCCGGCCAGCCCUCCUCCUCCCCGCCGGGGCACGGACUCAGCCGGACGCCUGCCCGCUGCGCUCCCAGGGCCCCGAAUCGUGUUGUGCUGGAGGCGGGAGGUGCGUGGCCAUGCCCUCUGCGCUCCAAAGACGCUGUUGUUGCUCCAUCA